CUCAGAGCCAAGUCUCCUUGACUAUUAUUAUAAUAUUAAAAUUGAAAUAAAUCCCCUUUCCGCCCCACCAUUCCCCGUCUCGUCCGUAAACGGUAGUGGUGGUGGGGCGGCGGUGCGAAACCUUAAGGCGGCACCUCAAAGGGACCAUUUGACCGCUCAUAAAGGUGCCGACACUCAAAAAGCCGACAGUGGUGGGGGUUAAAUUAACGGAUUCAAAGAGAACUCGACCGGUGAAUUUAUUCGUUUGUUGGGCGUCUUCGUGGUCAGAAAUGGAGUCCCGGAACAGGUUUUACCUCCCCGAGGAGGAGCAGUCGUUCCUGAAAGGUCUCCUCUCAUUCCUGGACGAACCGCUGGAUUACUCGGACGGAUUCAGUUCCGGUUAUUCGUCCGGCAGUUCCGAACAAUUGAACGUGCCCGUUCCCGAUCAUUUCCCUUUUACUAGCGGUCAUUUUUCCAGUUUUUCUUGCCAGGAUUCCGGACUGUCCUAUGGACGCGCGAGUACCAGUAGUAGAACCUUCAACAUGUCCUGGACGGAAUCAUCGACGGGGCUUCGGGUGUCCACACGCGAGCAAAAGUCCUUCGAAGUUUCCACGCAUUUGCCGCAGUUGCCGGUUUUCCAAAGGAAACCGCCAGUUUCCCCAAUGCCCACUUCGAUUCCCGUCACCCACAAGGAGAAGCAAAGUUUCUUCAGGAAAAACUGUGGAAAGUUGCUGAUGCCCGAGCUGAAUAAUCACCCUCUCAAGUUAGGGAUGAUGGUGAGGGAGCGGGAGGGUGAGACGGCGGUGCAGGUGCCCGCGAAAAAACCCGCGAACCAAACGAGAAUAUACCCGAAAAGGCCGUCGUUCCCCUUAAGCCCCCCUAAGGAGACCAAGAGUAAACUGGUCUGCAGGUUUUGCAUGAAAAACGGAGAGCCUGACUUCGUUUACACCAGUCAUUUCUUGAAAUACCCGAACGGAAUGAUCAAUUGCCCCAUCCUUAAACGGUACGUGUGCGACCUCUGUGGGGCCACCGGGGACUACGCCCACACCAGGAAGUACUGCCCCCGGUACGAGGAAGUUACCGCGCAAAUGGAAUUCAAAUUGUCACUGUGGGCUUUGGCCAAUAGGCAUAAACUUUAAUAAUUGGACUAGAAGUUCAUUUUUUUAAUUUAAAGAAAUAUUAAUUGGAUUACAUUGAGGUUAUGUUUAAUUGAAAUUUAUAGGUUUUAGGUACAGUUUUAUUUGCACUCUUGAUUGAGAAGACUGUUGACGUCACAUUAUUUAGAUUUUACACUUAAUUUUGCAUCGUAAGUCAAGGGUGUGACUUAAUAAAUAAAGUUCGUUUGCAUUAAA